AAGUGAUUGAAAAAGAAAAGAAAGUUAUAUGGAAAAAGACUUCUUAGACUCAUAGAAUUUGGUCUCACACACCUCAAAAGAUUCUUCUCUCCGAGCAACACCUCAGCUAGGGUUUCAACUCCGAUCAUCUCCGAUUCUUUUCUUGUCAUUUCAACCACCAGGGGCCACUGUGCACCUGGCGCUCCGAUUACUCAACUCCCUUUACCCUAUAUCCUCUGUAUAGCUCCCUGAAAGAAGAACAUUCAUUGUCCCAGAAAGAUUCGAAGGAAAAAGAGGAUAUGGGGGAUGUAUUCGCGUGGCUGCUCUUCUUCUUCAUACUCAUUGCCCUUCUUGUUAUGAUUGUUUUCCAGCUCAUGUGCUUGGCUGAUCUAGAGUUUGAUUAUAUCAAUCCUUAUGACUCUGCAUCUCGAAUAAACAAUGUGGUUUUACCAGAAUUCAUCACACAAGGAGUGCUAUGCUUCCUCUUCCUGGUAACAGGGCAUUGGGUUAUGUCACUUCUCUGUGUUCCGUACCUGUACUACAACGUGAGAUUGUACCUACGAAGACAGCACCUUAUAGAUGUAACAGAGAUCUUUAACUUGCUCAAUUGGGAAAAGAAGCAAAGACUUUUCAAGCUUGGUUAUAUCAUACUUCUUCUCUUUAUGUGCUUAUUCUGGAUGAUUUUCAAUGCACUUGAAGAAGAUGAACAUUCAUUUUAGUUUCCUGUUUGUACUUGGUGACGUGUGAGCAAUCUCAGCUGCUGAAUUAUAUUGGGGGAGUGCUUCGACAGGCUCAUUGAGUUAGACUUAUUUCCUUGUAAUUUACAAUUUGAGUAGAUAAGUUACAAAAUUAGAGUCCUCUGACUGAGUUUUGAUUUUCAACCUGUAAUAUUGUACAACCAUCCUAAGUUAUUUCAUUUCCAUUCCUAUUGAAUUUAUGAUCCUUUCUUUUCAUUGAUGUCGUUGUAUCAAGUAAGGUGCUUUCGGUUCUCUAGUUGUAUGCCAAGCAACAUCUGUCUUUGCAAUGCCAAAACUAAGCUUUU